GCUCUGUUGCCCAGGCUGGAGUGCAGUGGCGCAGUCUUGGCUCACUGCAGCCUCGACCUCUCUGGCUCAAGCCAUCCUCCCACUUCCGUCUCCCAAAGUGCUGGGAUUACAGGGGUGCUGGGAGGCCCUCCUUGGCUUAGGAGGCCACUUCCAAAGCUGGGGCGCCCCAAGGAGACACCAGUGGCCAGGAUGUCGGUGCAGAGCACCCACCCCCUGAAACCCGAGGCCCCAGGUCUGCCACCUGGGAUCCCCGAGUCCCCGAGCUGUCAGCGGCGCCACACACUCCCUGCCAGCGAGUUUCGCUGCCUCACCCCGGAGGACGCUGUCAGCGCCUUUGAGAUCGAGCGUGAAGCCUUCAUCUCCGUCUUGGGCAUCUGCCCCCUGUACCUGGAUGAGAUCCGGCACUUCCUGACCCUAUGUCCAGAGCUGUCCCUGGGCUGGUUCGAGGAGGGCUGCCUCGUGGCCUUCAUCAUCGGCUCGCUCUGGGACAAGGAGAGACUCAUGCAGGAGUCACUGACGCUGCACAGGCCUGGGGGCCACAUAGCCCACCUGCAUGUGCUGGCCGUGCACCGCGCCUUCCGACAGCAGGGCAGGGGCCCCAUCCUGCUGUGGCGCUACCUGCACCACCUGGGCAGCCAGCCGGCCGUGCACCGGGCCGCGCUCAUGUGCGAGGACACGCUGGUACCCUUCUAUGAGAGGUUCAGCUUCCACACCGUGGGCCCCUGCGCCAUCACCGUGGGCUCCCUCACCUUCACAGAGCUCCACUGCUCCCUGCGGGGCCACCCCUUCCUGCGCAGGAACAGCGGCUGCUGAACUGGGCUGCCCACCUGGCUGCCAACGUGAUCCCCAUCUCUGCCCUGGGCUUCUCUUAGCUCAGCUGAGCAUGGAGACAGCAGUUUCCAGAGAGUGGAGAGAGCACGGUUAAAUAAAGAGGAGAUAAGGUGGCUUCUCAUGGCCCG